AGAAACAAAAUCAGUUUUGUUUAUCGUUUGUGAAGUUUCUCUGUAAAUUUACUCCAAAUAAUCAUGGAAAAACCAGAAAGUACAGUUCCGGAUCCACGCAGGAAGAUCCUCAAUAUGGCUAUCUCGAGCGUCCUGGCCGAAGCGGGCUUUGACUCGGCGGAUAAAGAGUGUUUGGAGACGCUUUCAGAAAUGUCACAGAGCUUACUCACAGAGAUCGGCCAGUCAUCCAGGAACUACUGCGAAUUAUCCGGACGCACAAUUCCCGUGAUUGGGGACGUGGUUAUUGCUUUGAUAAACAUGGGAAUCUCAAUUCAGGGAUUGGAAACAUUCGCCAAAAGGGAUGGAAGGCACAUAAUUCCCACUCCACAGCAAGUAUCAGCCCAGAAACAGUUGAAUCUUCUGCAAGCUGGCACAAAGAAUGCCCAUCCAUCGCACAUUCCCAACCAUUUGCCUCCCCUUCCGGAUCCUCAUGCCUACAUCCGAACUCCAACGCACAAACAGCCCGUGACGGAAUACGAGGCGAUCCGGGAGAAGGCUGCAACGCAAAAGAAAGACAUAGAAAAAGCUCUGACCAAGUUCCUGGCCAAAACCAGUGAGACUCAUAGCCUCUUCAACGUGGAGGACAAUAUGUUCCCAUUGAUUGCCUGCAAACCCUCCCAUCCAUCCUACUUGGCUGCACUCAAUCCAACUGACCAGGUGUUUGAUUUCGAGGAGCUGGAGUAUCACUAUCAAGUGGCCAAUAGAACAGAAGAUGUUCCUGCACCAACCAAGGAUGAGGAUGAUGAUGACGAUGAGGAGGGCGAAGGGAAGGAACCAAAGGAAGUCAAAGGAGAAGAGACUGAUGUUGAACCAACUCCCAAUCAAGCAAAUAAUCCAAAUAUCGACAAUCCCUAUUUGAGGGCAGCUAUCGUGCCCAAGAGGAUCAAGCUCUCGGAUCCGGGCAGAGAUUUUGGUCAAUGAUGGUCCUUCAUGCCUGGAGUUUGAAUAAAAUUCGCCGGAAAGUGUAGAUUCUCCGUGUCUCGUUGAUCAAAAUGAAACAUGACUCAACACUUCGAGGUGGCAAAUCAACUUGGUGGAUGGAAGAUUUGUAUCCAGUAGCUGGGGAUUGCAUAAAGUUUUAAGGUAGGAGGCAUGAAAAAAGGGAGUUGAAGAUUUGUGCCCAGUAAUUAAUUCAAAUCAUUGGCUUCUAAAGUUGGUGAUCUUUUUGGGAUUCCAGACGUUCUGAUCUAAUUUCACGGCCCGUUGAUCGAUGACGUUGCUCAAUCUCAAAACUUGAUCAAGUAGCACCCUUUUUUGUGGGGUCCCCUUGUCGCUCCCCCAAUGAUUUGGUCGAUUAUUACUGCGGUAUGUGAUGAUAUCGAAUGAAUGUGAAAUUCAUUUUCAUCGUAAACCGUUUCUGAUUCAAGUUUCUCAAGCUCUGAUUUAUAGGAUUUAUAGAUUGAAGAUUAGGUGAAGUGAUUCCCAAGCAAUUUUAACCCUUUGAC